CAAUCAGUUUUAUUUGCCCACCGUAGGUUGUCGCGUGCGGAACCGAGAGCUUCUUUUCUAAUCCAAGAUUCCGGAAAGGUAUGGGUCUGGAAUUGAUCGUAGUUGUGUCGCUAAUCGCCUUGGCCGGCGCCCAGCUUGUUCCGGAGAACUCGUGUCCGGACUACUUUCGCUAUGUCAACGAUGCCUUCCAGGGUGUGCAGGGCGAGAUUACGCUGCCCAGCUUGAUGCGGGGUCGUAAUCGCAUAGAUAUACGUUUCUCGCAACGGGGUGAACAAGAUGCCUCUGCCGUGGGUGCCCUGAUCCCGUAUCCGGAUGAGAAUGCGGUACGACAGCUUACAGGACCGGCCAAAUUUCGGAUAGCCGUCAGACCAAAUUCAAGCAACGGAUUGCCAAAAGUAACGCGUCUCUCCUACAACGAACAGAUCUUGUGCUCGGCCAGCGAAUACAGACCGCCCAACAGCUUCUUUAAUCGCUUCUACGAGCUCGAGAUCAGUGGUUCGCUGGCUUCGUUCCCUUCCUCCGUAUUCAAUCCCUUCACCCGAGAUGGCUUCGAUGUGAAUGUGCAGACAGUAUUCUAUCCUACCUCAUCCCGUGGCAAUGAUAUCUGGCGUGGUUUUACACAGCCCUGGACGACUGUGUCCAACAGAAGCCCAGCAGUGGUAACUCCAGCACCCACUCCGACUGAGAUUUUCUGGAAUCAACCAGUACCCAGUGUUCCAAUCGCUUUUCCGCCACCUGUGCCCACUAUUACGAGCACCCCCGCACCACCACCACCACCACCACUUCCAACUCGAUCACCAGUUGUAACCGUUCCUCCAGCUACUCCACCACCUCAACGCUUUGAUCCGCGAUCCCAAAUAUCAUCAGUAGUAUGCGGUCGAGAGGGCAGCAUAACUCCGUUUAUUGUACGUGGAAACGAAUUCCCUCGAGGACAGUAUCCCUGGCUAUCGGCCGUCUAUCACAAGGAGGUUCGAGCUCUGGGCUUUAAGUGCGGAGGAUCCCUGAUCUCGUCCAGUAUUGUAAUUAGUGCCGCCCACUGUGUGUAUAGGAUGACGAAGGACCGCGUGGUCGUCGGACUCGGGCGCUAUGAUCUGGAUGACUACGGAGAGGAUGGGGCCGAGAUGCGCAAUGUAAUGCGAUUGCUUUGGCAUCCGGAGUACAAUACCCGGUCGCAUUCGGAUGCGGAUAUCGCUUUGAUCACCAUUGAGCGGCCUGUGACGUUUAACGACAUUAUUGCACCCAUUUGCAUGUGGUCGGUGGAGGCAAGCAGAACGGUGUCCACCACUGGCUUUAUAGCGGGUUGGGGGAGAGAUGAGAAGGACAGCUCCAUGACCCAGUAUCCACGCGUGGUGAAGGCGGAGAUCGCCAGUCCGACGGUCUGCGCAAGCACCUGGAGGGGCACCAUGGUGACGGAGCGGAGUCUGUGCGCGGGAAACCGCGAUGGAUCUGGACCCUGUGUCGGGGAUUCCGGCGGUGGACUAAUGGUCAAGCAGGGCGAUCGAUGGCUGCUCCGGGGUAUUGUGUCUACAGGGGAACGCGGACCUGCCGGCACCUGCCAGCUUAAUCAGUACGUACUGUACUGCGAUCUUUCCAAGCACCUCAACUGGAUAAGCGAAAACAUUCGCUGAGCAUCCGGAUUUGCUUUGUGGACAAUCAAAUUAAAAACUUUAAUGCCAAAACA